UUUUAAAAGCAAUUCUUCUUGUAUUUUCUGAGCUGCUAUAAUGUGUGAAUUUCCUGCUCAAGGAUCCAUGAAGACAGAAGCUGCUGAUCCUGCUGUUGGUCAGUUGGUGGCGCUGAUGGAGCAAAGAAGGUUUAUUAUUAAGCAGCAGAAAUUACACAGAAGAAGAAGAGGAGGCCCGCCUCUGUCUUCUAUCACGUCCUCAGUGGAGAUUUAAACCUCCGUCAAUCCAGCAGCGGCAUCAUUGAGCAGAAACCUGAACAUCAGUUAGAAUGUCUGGACGAGGCAAAGGAGGAAAAGGACUCGGUAAAGGAGGCGCCAAGCGGCACCGUAAAGUCCUCCGUGAUAACAUCCAGGGAAUCACCAAGCCCGCUAUCCGCCGUCUGGCUCGCCGUGGUGGAGUCAAGCGUAUCUCAGGUCUGAUCUACGAGGAGACUCGUGGUGUGUUGAAGGUCUUCCUGGAGAACGUUAUCCGUGAUGCUGUCACCUACACCGAACACGCCAAGAGGAAGACGGUGACCGCCAUGGAUGUGGUGUACGCUCUCAAGAGGCAGGGCCGCACUCUGUACGGCUUCGGAGGUUAAAGUCAGCGUUCAUGGAGCAAAACAAAGGUCCUUUUCAGGACCACAUAUCUCCUCUACAGGGCAGCAGUCAACUUAUCAAUGAUUUAACAUUGAGUCUUCAGAGAUGAGAAACCAGACAAACUGUUGAUUCUAACAAUGCAUCAAAAAUAUUUCGGAUCAAAGUAGAUCAUGCAGAGGUUACAGCAGCUCUGACCCUCUCCUUUAUAC